GAGUAGCCGAGCGCAGAACUCCCCUCCCUUGUGUAUAUAUUUUUAAUACUUAGAGAGGCAAAAACUGUCAACCAUAUCCAAAGUGUAGGACCAAAGAUAAGUAGAUAAUGUAUGCCUUUGUGAGGUUCUUGGAUGAAGACAUGUGCUACGCAUUACCCAUUUCAAAUGUGAAAGACUUCAGACCCCUGCACAAAACAGAUUUUGAUAAUCAGAAGGUGUAUCUGGUUCACAGAACUGAAGAGAAUGACAGCACAGGCCAGCCGUGCGAAGCACAGAUCCUUGCGCUCGCAGAGACUGUAGAGGAAUUUGAAGACAGUAUAAUGCAAAAGAAGAUGAAAAUUCCCAAGAUGUCUAUCAAAUAUUCAGGAAAUUCAAUUGAGAACCAUUUUGAAGAGGAUAGGCUGCCUCUGAGACAUAAAAAGGCCUCGCCCCAGGACCACGGCCGCCCUACCUCGACCUCCUCAAAGAGCCUGGCGGCAGUGGUGGCACGGCUGGAGAGGAACGCCGCCAGCUCCUGCACGGAGGGCGAGGACUAUCUGGAGGAAGACCGGCUCAUGGAAGAGGAGGAGGACGGGUAUUACGAAGAUGAAGACACGGAAGGGGAGCAACAGCAUCUCCAUCAGCACCACCAUCACCACCACCACCACCAGCGACAGCCACAGCAGCAGCAGCAGCAGCAGCAACAGCAGCAGUUCCCAGGAGAGGAACAUCCAGAGGAGCUGGAACAGCGGCGGCAGCACGAUGCGGAGACGGACUGCGGGUCAGAGGAGUCGUUGGCGCCGGCGGCGGGCGCAGUGCCCCGGGUGCUGUACGAGGAGCUAGUGCACAGCUACAGGCAGCAGGAGGAGGAGAUGAGGAGGCUGCAGCAGGAGCUGGAGCGCACGCGGAGGCAGCUGGUGCAGCAGGCCAAGAAGCUGAAGGAGUACGGUAGCCUGCUGACGGAGGUCAAGGAGCUGAGGGACUUCAACAGGCGGCUGCAGGACGUGCUUCUCAUGAGGCUGGGCAGCGAGCCCAUGCAUGACAAUGGCACUCAGACAAUGAAGGCGGAGGCGGUGGAGCCCAUUGUAGAGGUCCAGGAGAUGAGCAGGGAAGAAGCCAACACCAGCUCCAGCCACUCGCCGUCUCCGCGAGCGGUGUACACCUGCAACGACGGCAAGGUCCAUCUAGGAGGGGGCAUCUGGGUGGAGGAGGAGAAGUGGCACCAGCUCCAGCGCACCCAGGGAGAUUCCAAGUUCACCAAGAACCUGGCGGUGAUGAUCUGGGGCACGGAGACCCUGAAGAACCGCAGCGUCACCGGCGUGGCCACCAAGAAGAAGAAGGACGCGCUGCCCAAACCCCCGCUCUCACCCAGCAAGUUAAAGAUAGUCCGAGAGUGUCUGUACGACCGCGUGUCCCAGGAGACGGCGGACAGCGCCGAGAUCACGCAGAGACUCUCCAAGGUGAACAAGUACAUCUGCGAGAAGAUCAUGGACAUCAACAAGUCCAUCAAGAACGAGGAGCGUCGCGAGUCCAAGCUGCUCAUCAGGCAGACGGUCAAGAUGGAGAACUACGCCUACGACGCCAUGUAGCGUCCCUCUCUCUCCCUCUCUCUCUAUCUCUCUCUCCCUCUCUCCCUCUCUCCCUCUCUCUCUCUGUCUCUCUCUCUGUGGGCCGCGGUGUGAAGACGACGGGGCGGGUUGUAGGUGGUGGGGACCGGGGAUGGGGGGGGGUCGUACCCUGUGAUAUGAGCAGCAUUCCUAUAUUCUUUUUUUUUUCUUUUUUUUUUUUUACUGUUAUUAUUUAUUUAUUUUGGUAACCGUGGCCCUCCUUCAGCAUCCCCUAUUGGCCCCUAGGAGUUUGCAGACGGCUUCACCCGCCAAUCAGCUCGGUGGACCGUGUGACCGCGCUAAGCGCCUAGGAACAGUGGUGUGAAUAUUUUAUAACUGUUAGAGUUUGGGGUCUUCAGAUAUUGGUCUCUGUUUGUUUUCGGAAACGGCGUUUGUGUGCGACGCAAGGCGGAUUCUGCAGGGCGUGAUUGGUCAGGUAGAGAGUCACUCAGUGUCAGAACAGGGUCUUGCAGUUUUCGAGGAAUGACGCGUUUCUCCUCUCUGUGAGAUGCUUAUGAGCAGUUGCGGUAUAUGAAUACGGUAUAUUGUGUGUGUGUGUGUGUGUGUGUGUGUGUGUGUGUGUGUGUGUGUGUGUGUGUGUGUGUGUGUGUGUGUGUGUGUGUGUGUGUGUGUGUGUGUGUGUGUGUGUGUGUGUGUGUUGAGUGAGAAGUUAGCCAUUUGUGGGGAUCACCGUUGCAUGGUGAUUGCUGAGGAUUUCCGUGUGUUUGAUGGACAGUGGUGUGAAAUAACGGUGAGGAAUAUCUAGAAGCACUUUGACUACAGGGUCUUAAUUACUGAAUAAGCCAAUGGGGAAGGUGGAUAUUGUGUUGCCAAUAGAUAAAUUAAUGCGGUCAUUCGUGAGAGGGGAAUUCAGAUUGAGAUAGAUCCCGUUUCGGAGGCAGUUGUUGUGAAGCAACGUUUCAUGUUUCUGUUGCUUUGACUUGACUACAAAACCAGUCUGCUGUUCCCCCUGCUCCAAACAGUUCUCCGAAAAUGUGAGCUAGUUUUAAAUAAGUUUUUAGUUAUCUUUGUUCAGAACAGAUGCUGUGAUUGCCUAAUGGAUUAUUAUUUUUUUAUGUGGGGUUGGGGGUUGGGUGGUGCAUACGACGCAUAUUAACGCCAGGAAUCGCCUUACAAUAGAUUUAUAAUAGAUUGGGAUCACCGCCGGGAUGGCCCUAGUGCAUCCCCGGACCUCGAGUAAGCUGUGAUAGUGUAUAGCGAGUGGCGCAGGUCACCCUCCCGGUGGCAGGUCACCGCAUCUCCUAGCCAGGGUGAAGAGCCAGGGUGGGCCGGCUCUGCGGAGCGACAGGCCCCUAGUUUAACAGCGCCGGUGCGGUCGUGCGAGGCGCUGGAUGAAGGCAGUAUUAGAGGCGGGUGAUGCGGUCUGUGAAGCCUUCCUGUACCGAUGGCAGGGGUUUGUUUUGGGCCCUCUUCAACCCCCUCCCCCCCAUCCUCUUCUAUUCCCAGACUCUUCCAAAGGGACAGGCAGACGUUGCCCUUGUGAUAACUUCCUUUAAGCCAUACCAUCAGAACUUUGGAAAUGUCUCCCCCUUUUUUUGUUUUUCUUUUUCUUUUUUCCUGUUGAGUCAUUUAGUGUCGGGUCGCUGUUUGUUUUUCCUCUACUCCUCCCUUGUUUGUUUGUGUCCAGAUUCCUGAAUGGUUUGUGUGGCUGUUUGCAGGCUGGAACUAAACGCUGCAGAUUGAAAUCUCUACUGUGACCUAAGGUGGCUAACUGUGAAUCUGCUGCGGAGAUGCCCGUCAAGCCUUUCUCUGUUUGUCUUAUUUUCUCUCCUUCUCGUUCUCUCUCUCUCUCGCUCUCUCUCUGUAUCUUUCUCUCUUUCUUUAAGAGUUGUUUGUUUGUUUGCAGUUUGGUUCAGUUUGUCGAUGUAUGGGACGUUUUUAAUCGGACUUUUUUUUUUUUGUUAGGCUUACCAUAUUUCGGUGACAUUUUAGUGUACAUAAAAUUUAAUUUUUAUAAAGUUUAUAUUUUCGGUGUCUAGUUCCGUCGCCUUUAACCCACGGCAUCAGCAGUUUUAUUUUGGCCGGUUAUAUCAAAGUGACGUUUUUAUUUGAUUUGAGGAUAUCUGUCAGGAGAAUCGUUUGGCUUUCAGCUUCUUAUUGUGUCCAAACGGUGGUGUGUUGGCGUUGACACGCAGACGAGAGAUCAAAGAAAAGUGUUGUUCCCUCUCAAAGCUGUGACGUGCUCUGUGUUGAACACAGACGAGGCUGCCUCCUAGCAUAUGAAACUGAGUGAUUAGAAAUGUAUAAUGCAUUGAUCUUGGGUUGUGAUGUGAUUCGCUCAACGGGUGACGGAUAGGUCUUCCCCUUAAAUUCCCCUGACAGUCCACUUCGGUAAAAAACGAGAUGAGGAUCUAUCGUAGGGUUCGAGCUUUGCGCUACUUGGGUCGAGAUGCAGUAGACGGCUAGCUCGAUCCAAAUCAUUUACAUUGAAUGCACUUUAAACCCUGGUACAAUUCAACAAACUUAAAAGAGUUGUAACUGUGUAAUUGUCCAAAAUGACAUAUUAUUGUAUCAUUUCUUUCCUUUUUAUUUGUUCUAUCUUUAUAGAAUUGUAAGGCCCAGCGAUCGUUGUGUAAUUAAGAAGCACCUUAGGACCUGUUGGUUCGGGAUUGUUGUUGAGCGUGAAUGGGAAAAGGUGAGAAAUAGCUUUUCGCUCAGUGAGACCGGCUGUCUGCCCUCGCAGGACAAGACGUCCCAGACGUCAAGUCUGGCGGGCAAGGCGUGUCAGAAGGGAACUAGAUUCCUGAACCUUAACAGACUCUCCCCUGACCUGAGUCGAUUUAUUCGCUAGUGUUGUUGUAGUUUUACCGGCAAGCGGGUUUGUAGGGCCCGAAACAUUCUCGAUGUACCACCUGAUAAUUAGAUAGCCCGAUCUAAGGUCUUCAGCGAUGUAAUAUUUACAUUGACUGAAUAGUGUGCUUAUGUACCGUGUAAAGAUGCUAGGUGAGGAAUGACAGAGGUUUGUACAGAUAAUGGAGUAUUUUUUACCAGUGAGUGGUUCUAAAGCCAAAGUGUUGAGAGGUGAAUGGGAUAAAGGUAACAAUGAGGUGACUGACUGAGGAAUCAGCCAGAUUUUUUGCACAAGACUGGCCCUUGCCAAUGUUUUAGCGCUAAACAAAUCUUAAUCCACCACAAAGGUGUCAUAUUAGAUCUAUAAUGUAUAUCUAUAUCUAUAUAUAUGGUUUGAUUUCAGAUCUCUCCCUUUCAUGGUGUAUGUACAAAGUAUCAGCAUGUAUAACUAAUACUUGCAGCUAAAAUAGUGUAUUUAAACAAAACGUUUUCUGCUGUGUUAAGACAAACCUUGCUGAGAUUCUGUAACGCUGUUGUCACUUUGGUUUUGAUUUUCUGUUGCCAAAAAAAAGGGUUGGUAGUUUGUAAACAGUGCUCAAGAUAGCUAUAACAGCCACUGUCAUGUUGAGUUGUUUAUCAAAGGCUGGAUUCCUGCGGUUGGAUUACUACCGGUGGUAGUAAUCCUUUAACCGAAAAACAUCUCCGGCAGAUCAAAUCUGCGUCAAAGUUUUUUUUUUUCUUUUUAUUUAUUACCCAUAUUUAGCCUUAUCUGCAACUGUGAGGCCAGACCCUGUCUCUUGUAGCAAGGCCCAUGUCGAGGACAAUCUGGGCUCAGGCAGCACAUGAGCAACACACACGUCGACAGCGACGAGAGCUUACAGCAUCCACGCUGCCAUCCAGCACCAUCACAGACCAGGGCAGGGGGGGGGGGGGGGUAGGACCAUCAACAGCCGGGGUCACCACAAUGGGAGACAACCUGCCCCCCCAUCGCACCACCGCUCUAUCCAAGGGGGGGUAGGGCGUUAGAAUAAUAUAAAGAAUUCCGAAAUGUACAAAAUGCGCACUGUGGAACUUUCUGUGUUCAGGCUUAUCUUGUGAAAUCCUGUCUUGUCUAAUCUGCACAAGCAAAGCAGCUUUGUGAUAUUAGUUUUUAUUUAGGGGGGUCGUUGUUUGACAGGUUGAUGUUGUAGAUAUCAGUCUUAGCUAGAAUCUCCCGACAGGGCUCUGUGUCGCAUCGCCUGCCUGCGCCGAAGACUGGUCGUGGUUUUCGACGCGAGACGCCGUGUCAGACUUACCUGAGAUUGAUAAAAUGAGCCCCUGUGUUUUUAUUUUGUUUUCUUUGGUUUCUUUUUACCCCUUGCACCCGUACUUCGACAAAAGUUGUGCGGCAAACGUUGUAUACAAUCCACAAAACCGGUUCUACUUCAUCUUGCUUUUACCGUCCUACCUCAUUGCUACUCUGGUGUCCGUUCGUCCGUGACUGUAAAACAAAUAUACGUGUAUUUAACAAAAGAAACAAAAAAAAAAAAACACAAAAAAAAAUGAAAGACGCUCAUGCAACAGUUAUACCUGAUUAUCCUCUUCUUAACAUGUACAGUAUAUGAAACUUCUCAAAACACCUCAGUACUCUGGAGAGUCUUGGCGUACUCCGAGGGGGACGGGUCAGUUUUAAUACGCGCUGCUGUAAUUGGUUGUCUGCGUGGGGACGGGGUGUCCUCUAGGUGUCUAUCUCUGCUCUUUUUGCUCUGUUGGUGGGCGUGUCUGUCUGUGUUCCGCUUUUGAGAUUUUUCAACUGGUCGACGGUGCUACCAGCAAACAGGUUUUCUAACCGAUCUGUCUAUCGGACCUCAAAUGGUGCUAUGUUUUUUCUAUGUUUUUAUCGGCAUAAAUACAGCUCUGUUACUAAUGUGUGUGAA